AUCAUAUUGUGCACAAUGGAGGAUUAUACAAAAGGCCUUUCAAUGAAGCUUUUGAAGAAACACCAAUGCUGGUUGCUGUGCUGACCUACGUAGGCUAUGGUGUCCUCACUCUCUUUGGAUAUCUGCGAGAUUUCAUGCGGCAAUGGAAGAUUGAGAAGUGUCAAAAUGCAACAGAAAGAGAAGAACAAAAGGACUUUGUCCCAUUGUACCAGGAUUUCGAAAAUUUCUACACCAGAAACCUCUACAUGCGCAUUCGGGAUAGCUGGAACCGUCCAAUCUGCAGUGUGCCAGGGGCCAAAGUUGACAUGAUGGAGAGAGUUUCCCAUGACUAUAACUGGACGUUCAAGUACACAGGGAGAGUGAUAAAGGACAUUAUUAAUAUGGGUUCCUACAACUACCUUGGAUUUGCACAGAAUGCUGGGACUUGCCAAGAAGCAGCAGCUAAAGUUCUGUCCCAGUAUGGAGCUGGGGUGUGCAGCACUAGGCAGGAGAUGGGAAACUUGGACAAACAUGAGGAGCUGGAAAAGCUAGUUGCCAGAUUCCUAGGUGUGGAAUCUGCAAUGGCAUAUGGAAUGGGGUUUGCAACCAACUCUAUGAACAUUCAGCAAGGUAUGGCGUAAGGCUGUCUGAUUUUGAGUGAUGAACUGAAUCAUGCAUCACUAGUGCUUGGAGCAAGACUGUCAGGAGCAACUAUUCGAAUCUUUAAGCACAACAAUAUGCAAAGCCUGGAGAAGCUGCUCAAAGAUGCUAUUGUGCAUGGGCAACCUCGUACACGGAGGCCCUGGAAAAAAAUUCUUAUCUUGGUGGAAGGAGUAUACAGUAUGGAGGGAUCCAUAGUCCGUUUGCCUGAAGUGAUUGCCCUUAAGAAGAAGUACAAAUCCUAUCUGUACCUUGAUGAGGCUCAUAGUAUAGGUGCCCUGGGUCCCAGUGGCCGGGGUGUAGUGGAGUAUUUUGGACUCAAUCCUGAAGAUGUGGAUGUUAUGAUGGGAACAUUCACCAAAAGCUUUGGAGCUGCUGGAGGAUACAUUGGGGGAAAGAAGGAACUGAUUGAUUACCUCAGGACAUAUUCUCACAGUGCUGUGUAUGCAACAUCACUGUCACCUCCUGUUGUGGAGCAAAUCAUCACCUCCAUGAAGUGCAUUAUGGGUGAAGAUGGUACAACUGUUGGGAAAACACGUGUGCAGCAGCUAGCAGAGAAUACCAGGUAUUUCAGGAGACGACUGAAAGAGAUGGGUUUUAUCAUCUAUGGAAAUGAAGAUUCCCCUGUUGUGCCUCUGAUGCUGUACAUGCCAGCAAAAAUUGGUGCAUUUGGGCGUGAGAUGCUGAAGCGGAACAUCGGUGUUGUGGUUGUGGGCUUCCCUGCCACCCCCAUCAUCGAGUCCAGAGCCAGAUUCUGUUUGUCUGCAGCUCAUACCAAAGAGAUGCUUGAUAUG